AUAGCACAAUGCUAGAUGAUGUUACGAAAAAUGAGAUUUUUUCAUACAUUGAGAAUUUGGCGGAAGAAAUGAAAAUUUCCAAAUAUGAAAUCAAGUUUUCGGUAGUGCCGCAUCACUUCGUAUACGGAGGUGGAGGAAUACUAGUGUCGGUCCAUAUAACUGGAACAGAUUACGAUGACAGACAACUUCAUAUGGAUUUGAGUAUAAAAAUGAGUGAAAAAACUUCCGAUGAUGAUUACGUUAGAACUGCAUUCAAAAGAGAAAUAUUUUUUCACGAGUUCAUAGUACCGUACUUGGUGAAAUUUUUGCAAAAAAAAUCACCGCCUGAUUCUUUUAAACUUUGUAUACCAUAUUGCUGUAGAACGUUCACUACUGAAGAUCGGGAAGUUUUGAUUUUUAAUACGCUGCAGGAUCUAGGAUACAAACAGACUGUUGGACAAUUGGCUAUCGAUCAAAAUAUCAUAACUUCAGUUUUGAAGGCGCUAGCUACAUUCCACGCUGUUACAUAUUCGGCCCAAUUCGAAGAAUCCGGUGAAUUUUUGAGCAUUAUAAAUAAAUGGAAGCCCGAUAUCAAAGAUGUAUUCUUGCUGUCAAAUAUAGAAAAUAAUUUAAAAACUGGUUUGAAAAUGACAUUAGAUAUGUUGAUGGAAGAAAACAGGUAUGAUAUACGAGAUAAACUUUUAAAAGACAUCCAAAAAGGUACUUUAUCUAUCAUCGAAGACAUUCUCUCCAACGUACCUACCGAAACGGUAAUUACUCACGGAGAUGUCUGGUUACGUAAUGUUUUUGUUUUAUUCGAGAAAAACAAUCCGACAAUUGCUAAAGACGUGAAAAUUAUUUACUGGCAUUUGACAACUCUUCAUUCCCCCGUGUUAGAUCUGGGGUAUUUCUUGUACUUGAGUUCCUCCGAGAAUAUAAAUACAAAUUACGAAAAAUAUGUGGAGUAUUAUUAUAGAGAAUUCGCUGAAGUAUUAGUAAGACUUGGUACAGAUCCCGCUAAAUUCCCUUUUUUAACUUUACUGCACCAUUUGGAAAAUUAUUCUUUAAUGCCUUUAGUGGUUGCUCUCGGAGGGAUACCUUUAAUAAUUCUCUACGAUGAAAUGAAAGUUGAUGUUGAAGAAUACGAAACGAUGCAGUAUGCAAACCUUCAAGGAAAUGUUAAGAAUCUUAUAAAGAAGAAGUUACUCGGAAUCCUGGAGCUACAUUAUAAAUAUUAUGGAAAAUAAUACAGCAAUUUUUUCAAUAACUG